CACAUUUGUUGAUAUGAAUACUUACACUAACUAAAUAUUACUAUUUGUAUUUAAAUGCAGUAAUGUAUAAUAUUGUGUUUAGUUGUUUCAAAGUGUAUGUAACUGUAUGGGCAUGAUGCAAAAGAAGGAAUAAAAUUUAUCCGCUGUAUUAUCACUAGGUGGCGCUAAUAUAUCUGUGUGAGAUGUCUUGUAUAUGAUGGAUACAUAUCGUCUAACUAUCAUCUCUUCUAUUUACAAAUUGCUUGCAUGGAAGCGUUAUUUAUAUUCCACGAUAGCAUGGACGUUUAUAACUCAUAUAUUAUCAGUGUAUAUUUGGUUUUAAGACAUCAUGAUCUAUAUUUGAGCAAAUACCAUGUUUAGGCGUAAAAAUAUAGCUCUCUUUGCGGCGUCUGUUGUCUUUUGUGGCCUAUUCAUAAGCAUUAAAGGCCAAGAACUUGGUGUACUACCUUUUUUCUUUCCGAAUAACGUAGCAGAAGGACAAAAAGUACUUGUAACUUGUACUCCAAGUAGCGAAAGUCGUCCAGUAAAGUCAAAGUGGUUGCGGAAUGGGUCAGAGGUUAAGGAAAAUGAGCGCAUAAAAAUAACUGAUUACGCAGACUUUUCCACUCUCAUGAUUAGUCCUGUUGCAAGUGACGAUAGUGGUAACUAUACUUGCGUUGUUAGCGAAGAUUACAAGACUGCAAGCUAUACAGCUGAGCUUAUCAUACAAGGCCCACCCUCUUGGAUAAAAAAGCCUUCAAGCAAAGAAACAGUAGUUGGAAAAAAUAUUACAUUCGAAUGUAUGGCUAACGGAAGACCAUCACCUAUAAUUACAUGGAAGAAAAAUUUUGGUAAUGAAGCAAAUUCAAAUCAAGAUUUAAACAAUGGUGGAAAAUACAUCAUUGACAAAGGUUUAUUAAUGAUACUCAAUGUACAAAAAGAAGAUCAAGGUAUAUAUCAUUGUUUGAUCUCAAAUGGCGUAGGAAAUAGUUUGCAAGAGACUGCCACUUUGUCUGUACUUAGUAAGUAACAAAAAUUGCAAGAGAGAAAUCCUAACUCUUAACGUUUAUCUUCCUAAAAGUAAUUUCAAGAAAUAUAAAUCCAGUUUUUUUAAUACAGUGCUAAAAUUUUAUUUAUAUAAUUUAAGCCAAAUAAAGAUUUUAUCUAUUUAACUACGUUCAUUUAGUCCAUUUUUAUGCAAACAUAUGUUUCAUUCAAAAUCUCAUGUAGUCGUACGAAAUUUAGAAAACGUAUUUUUCUUAAAUACGAAAAUAUAGAAAUAAUAUGAGUUUACGAUUUUUAACGAAUCGUAACACGGGGCGGCGCCACAUGACAGUAUUGAAUGGUAUUUUUCUGUAUGUACGUAUUUUGUCACGUCUUGAUUCCCUAUUUUCAGUGAUAAUACGAUGCAAACUGAUCUGAUCAUUCUAACAUUAAGCUUAUAACUUUAAUACUAACGCCUUUGCUAUCUUUGUUUCUGAUACGCUAUUAUGCACAUGAUCUGGAGACUAUGCAGCGAGUAAUACUUCGUUUAUGCUAUCUGAUGUUUCUCAUAGGACAAUAUGUCAAAUUUGUACUGACAAAUGAUGGUAAGUAAGAAUUUUAUUUAUCUCUUUAAAAAUUAUUACUAUAUACAGAUUAUUACUAUAUACAGAUAUUGUGAGACUUAAGCUUAAGAAAUAAAUUUCAAUGCUUAAUUUUAAGUUAUUGAAAUCAAUGGUGAUUGAAAAUUUGAGUUGAUGUUGCAGAAACCUUUAAUUCUUAUUUUUAAGCAAAUUUCAUAUGUAUUGAAACUAAGUUGGAUUUCUUAUUAUUUUAGGUUUGCCACAAAUACAGCCUUUUUUCUUUCCUGAAGCGUUAAGCUCCGGACAAAAGACAAGCAUCAGUUGUGCUCUGAAUAAAGGCAGUCAACCUCUACAAUUUCGUUGGA